GAUUCACAUUGGUCCCAGCUUACCAAAGAUGAGGGGACACAGCCACUGGAUCCGGAAGCAAUCAUGAUGUCCGACAGAGAAAUUUGCAGACGCGAAGCUGUGUGGGAGCUGUUCAAAAGCGAACUCAUAUUUUGCGUAGACCAUCUGAUGGUAUUGAAAAAUUGUUUCAUGGAGCCCCUGAAAAAACUGCAAGUUGACGGAUACUUGAUGUUUGUGGAACCUUCCAAUCUCUUCGGGAAUCUGGAUGACCUAUGCUAUGUGAGCCACACGCUAUGCCGAGAGUUGAUAGGCAAUCUAAGUCGAAGUAUGGCAACUAAGGAUUUUGGAAGUACGGACGUUCUAAUUGGCCCGCUGAAACGAUGGGCCGAACAUUCAAAAAACGGGGAAGUUUAUCACAACUAUUGCCUCAACUACGAUUCGGCGUUGACUUAUUUGGAUACUCUAAGGAAGCACGAGCAGUUUAACGAGUUUGAAAAGUGGUGUGAGCAAGAUGCGCGUUGUCGCAGACUGCAACUGACCGACCUGUUGAUCGCUCCAAUGCAACACUAUAUGAAAAUUCCCUUGCUGCUCACCAGUAUUCGGAAGUACACAGCCAAUCCGUCCGAAAAAGAAAUGAUCACCAACUGUUUGAACACAGUUGAAAGUUCCUUGAAAUCUCUGGAAGAUAAGAUGCGUUGGCUGAAAAACUUUGAACGUCUCCAGGAGAUCCAGUCCCAAUUGGUUUGGCCAGCGAUAUCCGAAAUGGAGCCACGCAUAUUCAUACCAGAACUACUUCGCCAGAGCUUAGCACAUCAACCUUGUGAGCGAUUGAUUGCCAAUCCCAAACGACAGCUGCUACAUGAAGGGUUUCUGACUCUAAGCGAUGGGAGCAAGAUUAUUGAUGUCUUCGCCUUCCUGUUUGAUGAUUUCUUUUUGAUCACUCGGAUAAAAAAGCAGCCGAAAAAGAAAUCUUUGUCUGAGAACCCCGUAGUAACUCGGAGCAUGACAGAAGGUGGCGUAUUUGUGGUAUAUCGUCAAGCUAUCGCUUUGGAUCGCUUCACAAUUCAUGAUAUCGGAAUCGCUGAAGCAAGUGCCAACGGAUUGCGACAUGCCAUCGUGCUCGUUUUGAUAACUCGAUUUCAACAGAUCACUGGAGUCUACACACUGCAGGCAUCAAACGAACUAGACAAGCAAAGAUGGAUAGAAAAACUUCGAAACAGUCAACAGCAAUUCCAGCUCAAACUGAAAGCUAAACUCCAUGGCUUGAAUCCGGUACAUCAAACAAACAAGCAUAGCAAACUAUUGACAAACCGACAAAACUCGGUAAAUACUGACCAGGAGAAAGUUCUUUCCCGAGAUUUUGUAACAAUCAUCCCGUCAACUUUGGUCUCCCCUUCUCCAACCACCUCCCCGAAGAAAACAGAAGAGAAAAGGGACAGCCAAGAUUUUAGGGAAAACAGAACAAAACCCUCCACACCCAGUCAAGAAAACUUGCCUCAAUCUGAGAAGAUAACUUUCGAAAAUGACAAGGAGGAUGGUCAACCCACAUCUCCACAGGGGUCCCCUGAGAUUCACUCGACGGAUCUUGGUGAACCCGCCAUUUCCCGCUGCAGAAUGAGUGCUGGUCCGGAACUUCUUGGUUCUCAAAGUCGUCAGUUCAAAGAUUCUACCCCUGAGUCCAAUGAGGACAAUAUGUGUGCACGGUACAGUUCCCAGACAAAACCGACUCCUGAAGAAUACAGCCCGCAUGAAAUCCCCUCCAAAAAGAAAACAGAAGAACUUCGCGACACCAAGGUGGAAUUUCUGUAUAUUGCAACUGGACGUCCAGCUUUUUCACCGCCACUCUCCCCAACACUGCACCCUCCAUGCGCUUCUUUACCGCCUGAAGUGACACUACCAUUCUAUUAUGAAAUGGAAGAUGACGAGAUUCCACGUGAAAAGGCUGGGCAAAAACAGAGAUUCAUUCGACCUGGCAGUUCAGUCGGACGUACAGAAAUCAAACCCGGUUCGGGACAAGGGUAUGCACUGUUGAUGGAUUCUAAUGAAAGCGAAACUCGAAACCGCUUUAGUUUGAGCUCAUCAGAAUGGAGGAAGAACUGUGCGAACGACGGGGAUGAAAAUGUGGAUUCUACAAAUCCCGCAGCCACCCAAAAUGUCCCCAUGAUUCUUCGCUGUACCUCAUGA